CAUCCCAUGGGAUUUAAGAGGCCCCAGGGCGCUGUUGGGAUGCAAAACCAGCUCUCCCUGCUGACCAUGAGGCUCCCCGUGCUCUUGGCUGCCCUGGUGGCAGUGGCCACCUGCACCAAGACCUUCGUUGGGCACCAGGUGCUGCGCGUCAUCCCCCAGAGCGAUGAGGAGCUGCAGAAGGUGCAGGAGCUGCAGGACCUGGAGCAUCUGCAGCUGGAUUUCUGGCUGGCUCCCCGCAAGCUCGGGCUUCCCGUGGACAUCCGCGUGCCCUUCCCCAGCCUGCAGGCGGUCAAAGCCCACCUGGAGGCCACUGGGGUCUCCUAUUCCAUCAUGAUUGAGGAUGUGCAGGCCCUGGUGGAUGAGGAGCAGGUGGAGAUGCUCCGCAGCAGCCGCCAGCUGCCGCUCGACACCAGCACCUUCAACUAUGAUGCCUACCACACCAUAGAUGAGAUCUAUAAUUUCAUGGACAUGCUGGUGGCCGAGAACCCCAACCUGGUGAGCAAGCUGGAGAUCGGCCGCUCGACCGAGAACCGUCCCCUCUACGUGCUCAAGUUCAGCACGGGGGGCACAAACCGCCCGGCCGUCUGGAUCGACACCGGGAUCCACUCCCGCGAGUGGGUGACACAGGCCAGCGGCGUCUGGUUUGCCAGGAAGAUUGUCCAGGAUCACGCGAAUAACGAAGGUGUGGCCUCCAUCCUGGAGACGAUGGACAUCUUCCUGGAGAUUGUCACCAACCCAGAUGGCUUUGCCUACACGCACACCACGGACCGCAUGUGGCGCAAGACCAGGUCCAGGCACUCGGGUGCCAUCUGCGUCGGAGUGGACCCCAACCGCAACUGGGACGCAGGUUUUGGAGAUGCCGGAGCCAGCGGAUACUCCUGCUCGGAGACGUACCACGGACCCUACCCCAACUCGGAGCCCGAGGUGAAAUCCAUCGUGGACUUUGUGAAGAGCCAUGGCAACAUCAAGGCUUUCGUCUCCAUCCACAGCUAUUCCCAGCUCCUGCUCUACCCCUAUGGCUACACCGAGACCCCGGCACCAAACGCGCAGGAACUGCACGAGAUUUCCGCCAAGGCCGUGGCAGCUCUGUCCUCCCUGUACGGCACCCAGUACGAUUACGGCAGCAUCAUCACCACCAUCUACAGAGCGAGUGGAUCGACCGUCGACUGGACCUACAACCAGGGGAUUAAAUAUUCCUUCACCUUCGAGCUGCGGGACACGGGGCGCUACGGAUUCCUGCUGCCCGCCAGACAGAUCGUCCCCACCGCCGAGGAGACCUGGCUGGCUCUGAAGGUCAUCAUGGAGCACGCCCGAGACAACCUCUACUGA